AUUGUGACACUUUCUACCGCUUGAUUUUUUGCAUUCUGUACUGUGUAAACAUUCAUAAUGUGAUAUUUCAUGGCAAAUUCUUUAAUUAAAUAAAGAGAUUAUGUAAUUGAAUCUAAAAUGUGAUAUCAUGAAUAACAAUAUUUAUCAAAUAAUAAUUCUCCAAUUCACCUGCUGAGUUCAUUUUAAUUUGACAAAUUUUGCAACCUUACUUUCAUGCUGCAAAUCUUUGUUUUGUAAGUGAAUAUUUGCUCAGUAAAAUUUUAUAGAUCAUGAUUCCUAUUCACUCAACCUCUACCUAUAUUUUUGUACCCUAACUAACAAUAGCGGUAGCUAAUGUUGUAAAACUUUGUGAAUUUUUGAGCCCUAUUACUACACUACUGCAUUUUAUUUUUAUUAAUACAAAUUAUACAAUAAAAUUGAUAAGCAGACACACACAUUUGUUAUUUACAUUCAUGUAGCAAUGCUGAUUUCACAAUUUUUUUCAAAUUUGUUUCUGUAUAAUUGCUAACACUUUCAUUCAUUCUUAGGAAUUCUUCAAUUGUAUCAUAGAGUUAUAUUAAAUUAGCGAAUAUGACGACUGUUCCAUCAGCCUUUAACCAAGUAGAACAAGCUCCUCCUGUUGCUGUCUUCAAGCUAAAGGAUGAUUAUACUGCAGAUAGCGCUGAAGAGAAAAUCAAUUUGGGAGUAGGAGCUUACAGAGAUGCAAAUGGUCAGCCUUGGGUUCUUCCUGUAGUCAGGUCUAUAGAAGCACAAAUGAUAAAUGACCCUGCUCUAAACCACGAGUAUUUGCCUAUAUCAGGCCUACCAGCAUUUUGUCAAGCAGCAACAAAGCUUUGUCUUGGCUCAGACAGCAAGGCGAUAACGGAGAACAGAGCCGGUGGCGUGCAAGCUCUCAGUGGCACUGGUGCACUUCGACUUGCUGCUGAGUUUUUGAAACGUUUCUACAAUACUCAUGUGGAAAGCACUGUUGUAAGUUAUCCUGACCCGACAUGGGCAAAUCAUGAUGCUAUUUUUAGAUACGCUGGGUUUACGGAUCGCCGUAAAUACAGAUACUGGGAUGCAAAGAACAGGUGCCUCGAUUUAGCUGGUUUAAAAGAGGACUUGCUACAGCUUCCCGAGUUUUCUAUCGUCAUCCUUCAUGCCUGUGCUCACAAUCCCACUGGUGUAGACCCUACUCAAGAGCAAUGGAAGGAGAUAGCAGAUGUUUGUAAACAAAAAAAUCACUUUCCUGUAUUCGAUUCUGCUUAUCAAGGAUUUGCCACUGGUGAUCCAGAUGUUGACGCAUGGAGUAUUCGUCACUUUGAAAAAUGUGGAUUCGAGUUCUUUGUUUGUCAGUCAUUUUCGAAAAAUUUUGGUCUUUACAAUGAAAGAGUUGGAAAUCUCGCAAUGGUGAUGAAGGAUCCAGAUUCGCUGACACGUAGCAGAUCUCAAUUGGAGUUGAUUAUCAGAGGAAUGUAUUCAAACCCACCAAACCAUGGUGCAAGGGUGGUUGCAACAGCCUAUGUAAUCCAUCUUCAUUGGGAAUGGCAUGAUAAUAUUCGCACCAUGUCAGCUCGAAUUAAGCAAAUGAGGAAAUCUCUGCAUGAAAAGCUAAAAAUACUUGGCACUCCAGGAAAUUGGGAUCAUAUCGUUAAUCAAAUUGGAAUGUUCUAUACAGGUCUCAACCAAGCUCAAUGUGAAUUCAUGGUAAAACAGAAGCACAUCUAUCUGAUGAAAUCUGGGCGUAUCAGCAUGUGUGGUCUGACUGAAGGUAACAUUGACUACUUCGCUCAGUCCCUGCAUGAAGCUGUCACAAAGAUCAAUGAAAAUAAACUUUAAAUAGAACAUGAUUAUGCAUGAAUAGUAAUUGCCACAAAAAUUUUUUUUCAGUAGUAUGACAAUAAUGUUUUUCGAGUUAGAUUAUUUUAUAUUUACUAUAAUUACUGUGAUUAUGUAAAAAUUAUUUUAAAUCGUGAAAGUUUCACAUCUAAUAAAGUUCAAUAGUGACUGAAAUAACACUUGAUACUUCAUUGUUUUUACAGUCUGAUGUUUCCACAUGUUUUUGAUAAUAAUAUUGUAUGUGACGGAAAUUAUGGUAUUUUUAUAAUGCAUUACUCAAUUCGGUGAAUGUGUAUAAAUAAAUGAGUUCCUGGUUAUGAAAUUAGUUUUGAUUUUUUUUGUUUCAUGACCCAUUUGGGCAAGGUUUAUUCUCUGCUAAUUUCUAUAUAUUCUCUCAAAUACUAUUUUCUUCGUAAUUCAAUUUUCAUGCAUAAAUUCAUUAAAGUGGUGUGUAAUAAGCUUUGAAGACACAUAUUUUUGUGUUUUUAUGUAUUAUUGCAUAAUGGAUCUUGUGUUAUGUUUAGA